GAUAAAAUCUUCCUUUAAUUAGUAAUAAUGGCUCAUUGGCUCAACAAUGGCUUCUGCGCGUGUAUUUUCAGCCCCAUGGGUGCUGCUAUGUUAUGCAAAUUUAAAAGCGGGGAAGGGUUGAAAGAAUUGGAAGAAUUAAUGAAUACGAAAAAGUCCUUUGCCUACUUAAUAUGGGUAUUUUCUGCGAUAAGUAGGUGUUGACGAGCAGUUACGUAAAUGAAGGUUGCAACUGUCCGCCUCUUGCGUCUAACUUGUUCAGACAUACGAAAACGUUGAGCUCAGGCUACAUAGGCUAUAGCCUACAUUAAAUACCUCACUAUGAUUUCAACGCAAAAACCGUUCACAGUGUGCGCAUAAACUAACGAUAGAUCAUGGUGAAAUAAUUCGUAAAGGUUUGUUUCAUAGUAGUGUGUGGCGUUUAACCCAGAAUGAGGAAAAAAAAUGAAUCAAAGAGCCCGUGUCAACUGCGGGGGUAUUAGAGCAGGUGGUGCACCUGUUUUUCAUUCGUUCUUUCCAUUGUCUUCAAAGGUUGAACUCCCUUUCUAAAGAUUUCUAAAUUGAAGUUUUUACAGAUCAAUAAAAUACAAAUAAAUACGUAAGUUAGUAAAUACAUAAACAAUACAUAACCGUGACUCAUCAAUUAACAAGCAUCAAUACGAAUGAACUGUGAGAUUAAUUUGAGAGAAAUUCCUAUGAGACGCCAAACGAUACACAUGAGAGAAAUGAAACACACGUAUUUACUGAGAAAUGAAGUACUGUCACACUUUCGCUAUCAAUCAUAAGAUAAGGCUAAAGUAUGAUCAUUAUACAGAUUAGAUCACAAAUUUAUUUAUUUAUUUAUUUAUUUAUUUGCAAAAACACGUUGAACAUUUUUGGGGAGAGGGGGUAAAAAUACCUGAAAUUAAUAUGAACAUACUUGAGUCAGUAUGUAAUGCAACGGUGCAACUCAAUAUGAUGACUACUAUGUAUUUUUUAUGAUUAUGUAAUCCAGCUAUAAUCCUCUGCCAUUGAUUAUAUGUUCUAUUGUCAGUUUAUUAACGAAAAGAAACUGAGAAAGUGUUCAGGCUUGAAAAAAACUAUGAAAAAAGUGAUCUCAGGAUUCCUAGUGGAAUUUUUCUCCACUCAGCCAGAGGGAUUCUUCAGAAUUGCCAGAGACGCACAAAGAAAGACAUUAUGACACUCAGAGGCAUUCAGCCAAUCAGGGACAAUGAGGGUGUCGCCUCUAUGGUAUAAAGGGAGCAGGUGGAGGCAGGUGGCAGAUUGUGACACACCUGACAUUCCUGAAUUUGCAGGGCACAAGUGUCUGAAUCAGGGACGAGGACAGACAGAGAGAGAAAGAGACAUAUAGAGACAUAGAGAGAGAGAGAGAGAGAUUUUAUUACAUUUCCUUGUGGGACAGAAGAUUUUUGUGGUGGAGAGUGAGGUCUUUCACCGGUACCCAAACAGCAGAAGAAGAAAUCAGCUGACGAGUGCAACUCCAGAAGAGACUUUUGGGGGUGAGCAUGAUGACGUUCGAGCAGCAGGGCCAGUCGCCCCCACUCUGUGGGACGCAGGUCCCCAGUCUGGGGCAGGAGUCCCCAGAACUCAGCCUGUACAGCGACAGCUACUACACCUCGCCAUCUCUACCCAGCCCCCAGCAGGUGGCCCCUUCCACUUACGAUAUGGGGGACUAUGCUACCCCCCCUUCGAACCCCUACUUGUGGUUCAAUGAUUUUGGGGUCAACAGCACUCCUUAUGUUGGUGGGGGUCCUGGGGUACCUGCUGCCCCCUUUAUCCCCCAGUACUUUGGUAUGCAGGGGGCCUACCCGUACUUUGGUGGGACGGGGGUAGGGGGUGGCGAGGUGGGCUGGUUUUCCAUGCCCUCCCAGGAGGAGCUGAUGAAGCUUGUCAGGCCCCCGUACUCCUACUCCGCCCUUAUCGCCAUGGCGAUACAAAGGGCCCCCGAUCAGCGAAUCACGCUGAGCCAGAUCUACCAGUAUGUGGCCGAAAACUUUCCCUUCUACAACAAGAGCAAGGCCGGCUGGCAGAACUCUAUCCGCCACAACCUCUCACUCAACGACUGCUUCAAGAAGGUGCCCCGUGACGAGGACGACCCAGGCAAGGGUAACUACUGGACCCUGGACCCCAACUGCGAAAAGAUGUUUGACAACGGAAACUUCCGCCGCAAGAGGAAGAGGAAGUCUGACUCCCAGGCGGUCGAUAGCAGGGACGGAGGGGCCAGGGGCGCAGAGUCCGGAGAGGGGAGCAGGGGAAGCAGCCCCAAAAUCCCCAGUAACUCCAGCACCCCAGAGAGAGGCCCCUCCCCCGUCUCCUUGGGAACCUCCCACUGCCUGAACAACUUCCUGUCUGAGGUGUCCGGACUGGUGACGGGGGGGUCAGGUUUGGACUUUAAUCCCCUUAGUCAACCAUCGCCCCUUGACCUGCCACUAGAGGGGCCCCCGGGGGUCACACAAUUCGGGGGGUUCGGCUCUUAUUCCCCCGACGCCACCGUACCGCAGUGGGAGUCUCUGCCUGUGAUGUCCAGCCUGCAGUCCUUAGCCACGCCCUCCCCUGGGGCCUACAGAGGCUCGCUGCUCAGCCAGUUCAGCCAUCUCUACCCGAGUCUGGACUCCCCCGCGGCGCUGUACCCCCAGAGCGGCACGGAGGUGUGAACACGACGGCUGCGGGUGUGCUGGCGCACAGCGUGCAAGCUGCCAUGCCCCGGGGGAAACCCCCCCUCCCUCCCUCCCUGCCCGAAAUCAGAAGCGCCCCUCUGCAGCUGGGAACGUGGAGAGGGGCGAGGACGGUCUCGCUGCGGAGCGAGAUUCGGCUCCCACAGGAACACCUGACUCAGCAGGGCACAGGCACAGGCUCCCACGCUUCCCAGCGUGUGAGCGCUCUCGCAUUCCGAUCUCAAGCAGGGCCGGCUGCUGACAUCAUCGCAACCCAGACAAGAAUCCCAACCGCUUCCUUCUUCCCUUCACCUCCGGUUGUCAUGUCAACAUUGUAAACAAACCUCUGUACACCUGACUCUGUAACUGUUUACACAAAACUACAAAACCCGAGGUUCCAGUAGCCUCCUUUUGGCACUUGCAGAAUUGCUGGUCAUUUCUCAGUGGCCUGAUGGUAAUAUUACUGAGCAGAUACAUUGGAACAGACUGACAGUACAAAGGGACAAAAUGUGUUGAAUUCAGCAUGACUCAAAAUGUGUGCCCAUAGCUUGCUUAAAUGUGAUAAUUUGACAACCUUAUUGGUUUAAGUAUUUAUGUAUUUUUUAUCUGUUUGAAAUGUUUUUUUCUGGUUUAUAUAUAUAUAUAUCCAGAGAUUUUGUCUGGGUAUUUAUGGAAUGAUUGUGCGGGCAACAUGAAAAGCGUUGUUCUCUGUAAAUUUUUGUUUAUUUGUGUGAUAUCCAUCUGGGCUGUUAAUGGCCAAAAUGGCACAAUGUUUGAAAAAUAAAAAUGUGAAACGAAAAUAUUCCUUGUCUCUUGCUU